GAGGCUACAUCACAUUGCGUACCCGUUCUUUUAUAACGAUUUUGAUAUUGAUAUUCUCCAAAAUGGCAAAGGUGUAACAGCGCGGAAUGAAGUUGGUUAUUUCCCUGUUUUUCGCUGCUUGCUUCGCUGCGGCGACUUGCCAGUAUUUCCAGCUCCAGGAAGGGUUCGAGUACCUCUACAGGGAGGAUGUGGAGUGCCAUCUGGGCAAGUCUGGAACCAUCCUGGUGAAAGCGAAGGUCAGCUUCACCCCAAUCAAGACCAUAGGGAGGCAACUUGAGAUAUCCCAAGCGGUCUACCAUGUUAUCUUCCAGGACAAGGUCACAGGACGUCAAAGCCAAGCAGACUCCGAAAUGGACUUCAGCAAAUGGUUUUCUAUCGUCAUCUCUCUUGACCAUGGCGACAUUGAGAAGGUCUUCCACCCGCCGGACGAAGAUUCUACCAUCCUUGGCAUGAAGAAAUCGUUCGCAACAAUACUAUUCGGCAAACUCCACUCUCAUGAUGAUCCUACGCUUACGGACAUCCAGCACGACCGAGAAACUGGAAAAUGGAGUUACUCCACGAUGGAAAAUGGGCAUGAAGGUCUUCACAAUGCAAGUUACACGGCUGAGCCAAAUGAUCAAGGUAUCCGCUUCACGAAGACCAGACUGGAGCAUCCACAGCUGAAAACCGCUGUCAACAAUUACACGAAGGUUUUGCAUUACGAUUCUCAUCUCGGCUUGGUAUCCAAAGUAAACGUGGACGAAUUCAUUGAAGUGGGUAAAGCGCCGAAAGGUUUUGAUCCGUUUGAGAACGACAGGCAACCACUUCCAAAUGACACCUACAUCAGAGCAGAAACCCCGACGAUGACCGCAACCAGCGUUGGAUCCGCCCAGCUGUUAGCAAGGAAUCGACUCCGAGGUCCAUCGAUCAUGAAGCCAAAAUCUGGUCUGGUUGAUGGCAUGAUCCAUGUUAAGCUGGAAACAUAUGGGAAGAUAGAGCCAAAAGUGAAAGAUCCGAACUAUGCCAAAUAUUUGAGAGGCAACUUCACCUGUUUACAGAAGCUUUCAGAUUACGGUUCCCUCGAAGGUAUCAAGUGUUUCAAAGGCCUGGUGAAUGUUUUGAAGAAUCUGCCUGAUGAGGAUCUCAUCACGGUCACUGAUCAGGUUUUCAAGGGUGGCCGUCCUCUCCUAGAGAAACUCGUUCCCGGGGCCACUACCUCAGCAGAUAGCCUCCACCUGGUCGACGCCCUAUUUGACAUUGGAACCGACCUGUCAAUUGGAUUGUUGGUGGAAUUUGCUUUCAAGUCAAACACAGAAAUCCUGAAGCGGACCUUUUUUAUAUUGUCGGACGUCGAUAAACCUUCAUUUGAGGUCUUUGAUACUGCCCUUGAGCGAUAUUGUUUCUUCCCGGAGACAUUCCCAGAUAGUGUUCAGGACGAUGAGACCCACCACCAAGCUCUGUUGGCUCUUGGCAGCCUCGUCCGCCGACACGACCUAAACGGACGAAAGGAAGAAGCGCAUAGAUUGGUUGGAAAACUCGAAGCCGUGUUAGGCCUCCAUGAUCCUCACGCCUACAACAUGGCCCGCUCAACCCUGAACGAAGAAGAUGCAGGGAGUUUCGACCUCAAACAUGUCGUACUGCUCGAGAGCCUGGGCAAUGCAGUCAUGGACAGGUCCUAUGAUCACAUUAUCUCUUAUGUCAAUUCUUCUUCGCAUUCUGUCUUGAAGAGGGCAGGUCUUCAUGCCCUGAGGCAAUUCCAACGCGAUUCGGCUGUCUCCGCACUGUACCACGCUGCCACCAAAGACGAAAGCAUGCUUAUAAGACACGAAUCCACUAUCAUACUCCGUAGGCAUAAAAGAAAGGCGAUGUUUCCUAUGGUGAAUCCGCCAGGGUCUAAGAUUGGUCCAAUGACUUCGGAAGCUGCCCGUCAUCACCGAGAAAGGCGCGAUAUUAAACUAUUUAAUUUCGAACUAAAGUCCCCGAGUAUAGACUGGAGGAAGAUGUUGGGGUCUAAAAGCAUCGGAGCUUCGUUUGGCUUGAUCAUCAAAAAUCAAAUGAACAUUAAAAUUGAAAAGCUGAAAGCCGAAGGGGACAUCGACGUCCACGAUGAAGCCUAUGCGAAGCUCCACCUUGGCAUUGUUGGCUACACUUACAACUUCUUGGUUGCUAGAGUAUGCUUCAACGGGAUGGCAUCGUAUAACUUGAAUAUACUCCAGGAGUUCAAUUUCCAAAGCCUCCUGAAACAGAUCAAAGACUACUUCAACCUUGUUGGUGAUACCGUGGAUGCCAUUAAGGAUGGAAUCAAGUUUAUCCAGGGUUUGGUGAACGGUGAUGUUAAGAUUAAAAACAUCAUUGAAGAUUUCGUCAAAUCGCUGGAGGACAUGCCUAAGAAGAUUGCCGACAUUGGACGCAAAGGAUUCCAAGCCAUGCGGAUGAUUGGAAUGUUUGAUGACACGGAACUGCCUGCGUUCCUUCGCCCAGCAAAGAACGUCAUCAUAAGGAUAACGAACCUUUACAACAGCAUCAAAACCAGCAUCAUGGACUUCUACAACAAAAUGACUGAUGCUGUCAUUACAUUCAGAAGGUCAUUCAAAACGAUCUUUGAGAGCGUGAAAGCCAUUAUAGACUCUGUCAAAAACUUCAAGGAUUCUCCAAAACAAGCCCUAGCUGCUGUGUUUAAAGGCGUCAUAAACAUCAAACUUGCGGUGACAGAUUUCCUCGAGGCAAAGAAUGCGACAAUGAACGCCUGUUUCUUCCUAAAAGACGAGAAACCAGACUGGUGGGACCUGAAGACUAUUUACACAGAGAUAAAGGAGGAUGUAAAGGUGGCUUUCAAAGCCAUUGUUAAGGGAGGAAAGAAAUGGGUCAUCGACAUCGCCACCAGUGAUGAUCCAAUCGCUAAACUGACAAAUGGCAAAACGACCAUGAAAAAGGUGAAGGAAAAGUUCCUCGCAGACUUGCAAGCUGUUAUCAAUGUGAUUGUGGAUCCUUUCAAAACAUUCCUGGGAAAUAUAGCUCAGCCGUUCAUCGAGGCGUACCAGCGAGUGACGGACAUCAUACAAAAGCUGAAAGAUGCCUAUGUGAAGCUCAAGAAAGGAUACGACACUGCUCGUCAAAUAAUCGCCGUGCUGUUUGGUCCGAAAGCACAUGCUCGGUUUCCUCGCACCACUCGAUUGGCUGGUUCUGGGAAGUGCAGGAAGUCUGGCUUCUGGCCAUCAAAUAUUGGCUACCGAUCCGGCGAAGGAAUCGAUCUGACCAUCCGUGUUGGAGCACAGGUUGUUGCACCGUUUGCUGGUAAAAUAUCACUGACGAACAAUCGUGAAGAGGUUAAGAUUUUGAUAACAGAUGGCUCGCUGUCCAACACAUAUGUCUACAUCACCAAUGUCAAUCCUAAUGAUACCAUACAGAAGGAGGGUGGCUCAAGUUAUUCUGAACGACAGGUUUACGCUGGUCAAGUAAUAGGUGUCGCUACUAACGUACCCUGCACGACUGUGCAGAACCACAUCCAUCUUGUGAUGAAGAAGACUUCCGGUAAAGUCAUUGAUCCUACGAAUUUCCUUGCGAAAAGACUGAUCGAACCACCAAAGUGGGAAAUAAAUUGCAAUGAUUAUAAAUAUAUCUUUAAGGACGAGGUUAAAGCAUCUGGUUGGGGUAGCCCAGGAUCCAAAAGUGUAAACAGUCUGCCCCCUGGACCCUCCAAGCCAGGCACUUCUAUGAAACCAAAGGCAGAAAACGAACCCGCUGGUGGAGGUUCUGAAUUGUGGAGUAAGAUCAAGGAGGCAGCCAAGGCAAAAAUUGGGAAAAGGAGGAAGCGAGGCUUGUUUUCUGGGAAAAACAGUCUCCUUUCGAAGUUAGGUUUUCCAAAGCUUGGGCAAAAAAUAAUGACGACACUGAAGAAAUUCAAUAUGAAGAAGCUGAAGCUCGGCAAGGUUGUUGAAUUCCUGAAAGCCUUGGGUAUGAAGGAGAGCACGAAACAACUCGCACAGGUUAUAAAACGGAUUAAGGAGCUAAUCGACGCAAAGCCCUGCUUCAACCCUCACCAGUUAACAGAUGACCAACUCCGCAAUGAGCUUGCUGAUAGGAGGCUGGCUACUACAGGCUCUAGGCAAUUGAUGGUUGAACGCAUACUUCAUUCCGAACCAAAAUGCCCCUUGAUCCAGCUAAAGAUGCCAAAACAAAUCCACUGUGUGUUUGAUGAGAACUGCCUGGCUGUGCAGUGCUGUAUGAACUUGAAGAUCAUGAUGUUCAACAAGGCCAUCCGCGCAUUUGUUCGCCUAGAUCCUUGUGACUUCAAGUUCGAAAUUGGUGUCGACGAAUGGAAAUAUUCUGUGGCGGCCAAGGAUAUAUAUUUCAACAAGGAGGGGACACUAGCAUCUGGUAUCAAGUUCGAUAUGUUUGACAUGGACCUCGAAAUCGUCAUCGGCUAUAAACUUGAGAAGACCGAGAAUGUAGCACUGAUUUCAUUUAAUGUUGGUGCGUGCUCCCAAGAUGACCACAGCUCGUGUUUUGUCGAUGUGCCUCUUUUAGAUGAAGCUGUCAUUCCACUCCCGAUAUGUCGCCCUGAUGGAAGUGUCCAGUGGCCGGAGGUGAAUUGGGAUGAGUUCUUCAGUCUCGAUGCUGUGAAAGAGCGCCUCAAAGAGGCUGGUAAGAAGGUUAUUAAGGAAGUGGCAAAGGCUGUGGUGAAAGAAGUUCUGGAGAAACUUGGCAUUCCAGAGAGUCUCCUUUCGUCAAGUGGACCUUGUCCAAGACCAGAAGUGAUGAAUAUCAAGAAAUUAAAGAAUACACUGAAAGCAAAAGAUUUGGCGGUGACUGGAUCACGAGCUGAUUUGAAUGCGAGACUUGCUCUCGCUGAUCUUAACUGUGAAAUCUUGAAGAAGAAAUUGACCUUGCCAGCAAUCACCAACCCGACACUGAAGAAGAUACUCUACUACAAAAUAUCACCAACUUGCACUCGGAUUGACGCGUGUGCAGAGUUCACAGUUAAAGCUCUCGGUUUCACCAAGUCGUUCAAAGCCUUCGUUGACAUAGACGUGUGCAAAUACAUGAUAAAGAUUGGAUUUGAAACUAUCAUUCAUCCAAUACCCAUCUUUGUCUUCGAUUGGGGGAAACCUCAGCAGCAGAAGAUUACAAAAAAUAUCAUUGUAUCGUACACAAUCGGAAGAGAUGACACGAAGAAGGUCUUCGUCGUCAGCCUAGGUAUUAAGAUGUGCCUUGCUACUAACGACUGCCCAAUAGAUGUCACUGUCCUCACUAAUAAGGAGAUACCACAGCCUCUUUGUAAUUCAAAUUUUUCACUGGAUGCGUUCAAACCUGGAGAUGGGUCACUCGGAAAGUUCCUCAAGGAGCUUGGAGGACAGAUGAACAGGGCUGCCUUCAACUACAUCCUGAAGUUGUUUAAACUUGAUAAAAUUUUGAGUGACGACGCUUGCACAAACACGCAACCGGCCCCAACCUGUCCAUGGAGUCUCAACUUGAGGUUGCUGCCACAGAGCGUUCGAAAUAAACUCACAUGCCGAUUAUCAGACAACUGCUUCGGUGCAGGCUGCUGCCUCCAUCUUCCCUUUAAGCUUCCCUUUGUGACCGAGACUAUCCACAAGUACCUCGAUGUAUCUUUUGAAUUCGACCCAUGCGAAUUCACAAUCGAGACAAAAUUUGGACCAGAGGUGAAGAAGACAAAACUCGGAUAUUAUAAUUGGGGAGAGGUGUCAACUAUAUCCGUUGGUCAUGGUGAUCCAGCACCAAUAGUAAUGACAUACUCAAUGAAGAAGAGUGGAACUAAUGUGAUCCUGAACAUGAAGAUCUCAAUCUGUCUACAAAUAGAGGGACAAUCUAUCUGUAUCCCUGAUGAGAAUGGCAUAGAGGUGUUCAAGGAUAAAUCUGUGCCUCUGUGUGACGCUAAUGCCAUGGUUGCUCUUGCCAAGUCAUUCAAAGUUUCGACCCUGAAGGAUUAUAUGAAGGCCCAAGGCAUGGUGCUUGGCAAGGCCAUCGUUGGUGCAGGCAUUGACAUGUUUCUUGAACAGACUGGCAUCAAGGAAUACCUGCAGGAACCCGGAUGUGACAGUGCCAAUGACCCUUACACUCCUGCAGUGAAUGGUUGGAAAAACGACUGCAAACUAAGCCUUUUCAAGCUUCCCCGACUUCCUGAUUAUGUCAAGUGUCACUUCGACGAAAGCUGUACAUCAGUCAAGUGUUGUCUCGAUGUGGACUUCUAUGGAAUCUACACCCGUUCCUUCCACUUCUACAUCACCUUGGACACCUGUGAUCUUAUCUUCAAGGCUGGGCUCGAGAAAAUCACCUACAGCUACACACUGUUGAAAUAUCAUUGGGGGGAAACUGAAGAUUUCAGCAUCUUAAAUAUGUUCAAUGUCAAGUAUUCCAUUCAGAAGAUUAGCGAAAGGAAGGUUUUCAUCUUGAACGCAGAAUUGUGUGUAUCUUUCGAGAAAAAUGGCAUCUGUGACCACAAGAUAAAGUUCAUGGACAAUACGGAAAUUCCACAACUGCAAUGUGACUUGGCUAAGGGCAUUGCUAAUCUGCCUUCUGAUAUCAACUCCCUGAAAAAGUACAUGAAAAAGCUCGGAACCCAGGCUGCUGGAUUAGCUCUGAUGAUACCACUUAGGAUGCUUGGCCUUGGGUCUAUUAUCGGUGUUGAGGGACUCUGUCCUGAUCAGCAAAAGCCUGUGAAGAACCCAUGUCCCUUUAUUAAAGACUUCAAGAUAACCCUUCCGACUCUGUCCAGUAGCAUGAACUGUGCUGUCCAGCCUGAAUGUCGCGGGAUAGAAUGCUGCAUCAGUAUCGAUCUAGGCUUCAUGCAGCGAAGUUUCAGAACAUUCGUGACAAUAGAUCCAUUCAGUUACCAGUUGACAAUCGGUUUCGAGAAGUGGCGAUUCAACCGUUACCUCUUCACUUACGAGUGGGGAAAGGAAGAAAUCGCACCCCUUGGAUCCGCAAUCAAGUUGAUAUUUUCCAUUGCGAAGUCACAGAUGUACUUCAUCAUCAAUUUGCGGCUGGAAUCCACAAUAUCAGAAUACAUGCCUGUCUACGUCACCAUCCUUCGAGACUACAUGUUCCCCAUACCAAUUGUGAACAAGAACGCGGUGUACAAGUUCCCUUUCCCAUCUUGGAGUGACUUUAAGAAGAAUGUGCAAGGUGUGACAGGAAAAACUGGUGAUUACGUGUGGGACGCCACCAAGAAGUUCCUUGGCCUCGAUGACGUCAUCGAUGGUGGUCUGUGCGUACCAAAAAGCAACAUCGACGCUAUUAACAAAGAGCGCUGCCCCCACCUGACAAUGCCAUCUCUUCCAAGUGCAGUUCAGUGUACAUUUGAUGACCUUUGUAUGGGCGCCACCUGCUGCGUGGAGCUCGACUUCAAAGUGGUCAAGAAAUGGUUGAAAGCUUGGCUGAUUGUCAGGCCCUUGUCCUUCUCUGCUGGCAUUGAGAGGAAAAGCUAUGAUAGAUCCUUGGAUGAUGGUUUCUGGGGAGAGCGAAUGACCUUGAAGAUUUCCAAGUAUUUCAAUAUGAUUUUUAAAGUGACAAAGAUUGACGCGACUAAGAUGUUAUCAAUCGACCUGAGCAUGCAGAUGAAGCUGUACGAUGAAAUUGUGGAACUAUUCGCACUAGAAGAUUUCAAAAUCCCACAAUCUUUCUACAAUGCGGAUUGGAAGCUGGGUGCACCAUUGGAUAGCUUCAGAUUCUUGCGUGGAUCAGUCACUAAUGCCAUCAUGAGGCGCCUGGACCUUAAUAUGGACUUCUUUGAGCUUAAGCCUUGCCCACUACCGUCUUCAGAACCAGCAAAUAAUGCCUGUGCCUUCAAAAUGCCAAAAUGGUUGACCAAUACGAUCCGGGUGAUAACCAAACCAAACUGCCUGGGCAUACAAGCGUGCGUCAGGUUCAAGCUACUGUCUAUUGAGUAUGAUUUCAAAGUCUUGAUGGAAAUCGAUCCAAAGGAUUAUAAAAUACGAAUUGCCGUAGAGAAAUUGGAGUGGACGAAGUACAUAUUCGAAAACUUUGGCCAAGAAAACACCUUCUUCAUAAAGAAUGCUCUCGGAGUGACUUACAAACUUGAGACAAAUGAAAACGGCUUACUGGUCACAACUGUGGGCAUCCGCAUCUGUAUUGAUGGACAUUGUACACCUUCCAUACAACUGCUGGACAAGGCUCUGGUCCCCAUGCCAUACAUCGCCGAUGAUGGCACCUUAGUCUGGCCAUCAGCUGACCCCGCCAAAAUGAAGGACUGGCUGUACAGCAAGGCCUUAGAGACCACGAAGGACCUUUUGGGUGUCGGAGACGAUUUCUUCAAGGGCAAAACAUGUGCUGUUCCAACUGGAGCAACCUGUCCCUACUUCAGUCUUCCAACUCUGCCAAGCUUUGCAAGAUGCAAGUUGAGCAAGUACUGUACUGGAAUAGAAUGCUGCAUUGAUGUCGGCAUGAAGAUUGCCAAAUGGUCAUUUAAGGCGUGGGCUCUCUUGGAUCCGUGUAAAUUCGUCUUCUCCUUUGGAUUUGAGAAGUGGAUGUUUAAUGAUACUCUCUUCAGCUAUAAAUGGGGGGAACCAGUCGAGAAGAACAUUGCUUCCACCAUCAACAUUACGUAUGCGAUUGGAAAGACCGCAGACAACAGGAACUUUGUGUUGACUGUAAAAUUCUCAGUCAAACUGGACAAAUUCUCCAUCAGUAUUCCUCCUAUAGUCCUGUUGGAUAAAGCCAAGAUACCCAUCCCAAUCUGCAACCAGGAUAUCAAAUUGCCAUCUCGGCUCAUCUGGCAGGAUCCCAGAAAAUGGAAGGAGCAGGCCAGCGCCAUAGCUCUAACCAGGAUUGGCAUUGACGCCAAGGUCCUCGAACCAUCAGGUUGUAAGCCACUCAACAAUGAUAACAACAAGAGAUGUCCGCACUUCACCCUGCCCAAGACACUUCCCUUCGGUCUCUCACUACACGUGAUGGAAAUGUGUACAGGGAUCGAAGCCUGCCUGAAUUUCGAUCUCAAGAUCAUCAAGAGGUCAUUCAAAGCCUUCAUCCUGAUCGACCCCUGCACGCUGUCUUUCUCACUUGGAUUUGAGAAAUGGACAAUGAAGAAGACAUUGUCUGCAAGUUUAUUUGGUCAGGAAUUUGUGGAGAAAAUUGGCAAAUUGACGCUAAAAUACACCAUUGACAAGACUGCAGACAACCGUGACUUCAUCUUCACAUUGAAAGCUGUCCUUUGCCUUGAUGGCACAUGUCUUCCUGAUGUUGUAAUCAUCAACAAAGCCAUGAUGCCAAUACCAUUUUGUGACAAGGAUGGAACAUUUAAAUGGCCUUCAUUUGACCGUAUAAAUGCUGGUGGAGAAAAGCUGGCAAGUGCACUAGUCAUGAACAGAAUGGGCGUUGAUAUGGAUUCCCUAAUCGGAGGGGAAUGUACUCCACCAGCAAGUUCAUCAGCCGUGUGUCCUUAUGUUAAGAUUGACAAGCUACCUAUUGGGAUCAAAUGUGAACUGACGGAAUAUUGUACUGGAAUCAAGUGCUGUGCUUCACUGGAUUUAAAGAUCGUUAAGAGAAACUUCAAGUUUUGGGCGAUCUUGGACCCAUGCGAGUUUAGCCUGUCAAUUGGAUUCGAGAAUGCUCACUACAACCGGUCACUGACAGGCUACACAUUCGGCACGAAGCAAACGCUGACGAUUGGCCAUGUCAAAAUCCAUUACACCAUCGAUGUCUCAAACGACAAGAAGGAAUUCGUUGUUGACCUUGACCUACAACUCUGCCUGGACAGCGCAUGCUUGACAAAAGAGAUCCUUAAGAAGCACAGUAUGCCUAUACCUUUUUGUAAUGGUUUGCCUGGAAGCUUCAGCAUCUCAUGGCCAAGUGCUCAGAACUAUGGUUCCGUGUUGUACAAUAUCCUUGGUGUUGGACUGGAUUUCUUCAAGCCAAAGCCUUGCAUCAUUAAGAAGUCAACCACAUCUUGCACUGGAGUUUCCCUGCCAACCUUCACGCAAAACCAUUGUCAGCUCAAGUCUAAUUGCCUAGGCAUUGAAUGCUGCUUUGAGUAUGACCUCCAUGUCAGUAAAGUCAAGAUGUCCUUCUACUUCUACUUUGACCAGUGUAAGAAUGAACUACACUUCGGACUCGAGAAUAAGGCAUACGUAGUGCCACUAGGUGUUGAUGUUGACGGAAAACAAAAGGUCAAGGCAAUAGGAAGCAUGUUGUCGGUGAAGUACCGUGUCUACAACACGGGAUACACCUUCAAGGCCAGCGUGGAGCUCGAUUGGUGCUGGAAGAAUCCAUUUACGAAGAAGAAGACUUGUGGAAAUUAUGAGUUCCUGAAGGAAGCGUCAUUUAAACAGUUCGACUGUCCGACAAGGAAGAGGAGAAGUGUGGAGAACAUUGGCGUAGAAUCGGAAUUGGACCGAAUGAAGAGGGCUUUAGACAUUGGGAAACUGAAGGAUCAGGUCAAAGGUCUGAAGGAUAAGUACGACAAAAAUAAGGAUAAGAUCGACACUGCCAAGGAUAUUUGGUCCAUCACCAAAUCACUGGUCAAAGGAGGAAAGACUGGAAAGCAAAUAAAGGAAUAUUUCGAGCAGCUAAAAAAGAAACUACCAAAGAUUGGCCUGUCCACGAAAAAUCUUAAGCUCAAGGAGAGUCAACGUGAAGAGUUGCAAGCAAUUGCAGGUCAAGGGGUCGGGAGUUUUGUUAGUGGGAACAGAAUAGUGGCCGGGGAUCUCCAAGUAGAAGGAGCGAACGCCAUCAAAGCAAUGCUGGGAAAGGUGAACUCAAUCGCAGGCAGAGCCAAUGAGCUAUUCACACCUGGGGCCGGUUUAACAAAUGCUGGAGUCGACCUUCUCGGAGCUCAGUUGGCCAGCAUGACUAUCGGAGAGAUCGCAGCCAUGAUUGAUAUGCAGAACCUCGACCCUGUCAUUGUCUUCAAACUGUUGCAAGAUAUUAGAAAACUCUUUGAGGCCAUUUACGAUGAUCUGAUAGACGCCUUCCUCUCAGGCAACAUGAAAGAGUUUGCCCUGGGCGACUUGCAUCUGAAGCAGCGGUUUAAGAUUGGACCAAAUUAUAUGGAGUUCUUUAGGUACUCAAUACCAUUCAUGAUUUGGAUCAUACCUUGCGAGUUUGUUUUUGGAGUCCAAGGAUAUGUUGGUGUGGAAGUAGAAAUCGGUGCAAAGAUCCUUCAAAUGUGGGCUUACGGUAUAGCCACGCCAUACACAGGGGUUUUGGUCUAUGGCGAAGUAAUAGUAUGUGCUAGAUGCCCACUUGAAGCGAAAUUGAGGCUGGAUGGAUCAAUCUGUGAACUGCGAUUCCCAACAAUGGCUGAUACUUAUUUCAACAAAUUUCCUUUGGAUGUAGCUGUACGGAUGGACUUGGUGUUAAUACCCUUACAAGUGCGUCUGAGCGCCAUAGUUACAUUAAGAAUCAAACUGGUAGUGAAGACAGUCACAAUAACGCUUUUUAAAGCAGUCUUGUUUCGGUACCAGUCCCCAAGCAUAAGGAAGACACUCUUUGACACUCAUACUGUAGAAAACGACCAUUCGGCCGCCAUUAUGGAGGACCUUUCAAAACCGUCGGGGACAACUUAUAACAUGACACUCCACAACGAUUCUGGGAAACGAUCUAUCACCAGCGCACGUUGUGUAGUUAACCAGUUAGCGAUGAGAGACUACACUGACCCAGCAGUUGAGAUAUCAGCUAAGGCCACUGAUGAUGAAUCCCAAGUGAAGUUGUACCUCGAUAUUGGUUUUUCCCCUGGUACCAGCGAGAUUUACAAAGGAAAGGAGCUCUCUGGACAGUCUACUAUAUUAACUGAGGUGUUUUCAUCAGCUUCUGGCCGCAAACUCCAUUUCCGCCUCUGCGGCAGCAACAGUGCAGGUGCCAAGACCUGUGUCGAUUGCGCCAUCCCAACCUAUGAUGUUACACUGCCGGUCCUGCGGGUAACGAGCAACUUCUUGAUCACCAGCAACAAACAUGUGAUAGAAGGUUCCUAUAGAGGCUUUGACGAUUCUGCUGUGGCAACCACAGAUGGUGAAUUGUUUGGCUUUGGGCUUGGUAAAGGCCUUCUUGACGACCAGGUGUCACCAUGGAAGCAGUUCUCGUCCCAGGCAAAAAGGAAGGAAGGUCGGUCUGGUGAUAACCCAGCUACACUACACGCAACCGGCCGAGAUGGCGAGGACUGGUUCACGGUGCCAGUCGUUGGCCGGCUGACAGGAGUGCGUGUGACGAAGAAAAACGUGCAAGUGCACAGCGCGAACCAAUGCGCUAGACACUGUCUGAAGUUUGUGCCACAAAAAUGUAUGAGCUUCAACUACGACUAUGGAUCCAAUGGGACGUGUGAGCUGCUAGAGGGCAUUGAGAGUAUUGAUAAUAAAUUAACAAAGGACAACAAGUAUGUCUAUUUUGAACGCUUUGCCAUUGGAUCUACUGUGUCCUUCAGCAGAAAGGACCUCAAUCUGAAGCACAACGACCUGUACUACAUCAAUGUUUUCAUCAAGAACAUGCUCGGGUACGGAAAAAUUGCGGCUUCCCGAGGGAUAUUGACUGACUUCACGAUACCUGAACCAGGUCCGCUUGGCAACUACAGUAAAGCAGAUGACAUCCUCGAGUUCAUGAAGUGUGAGCAGUUGAUUGCAAACCACAAAGAGAAAUGGGGCAAACUUUGUGUCGGUGUUGACGAAAAGGAGAAAAAUCAUCGGAGAGUAAUCGAUGGCCCUGGAGCUAAGACUAUGUUUAACGGUUUAAAGCCACUUGAAGACCUCCUUUACACUCGAGCAAACCGUUUCGUUGGUGGCAACUGGGACGGCUUCUAUGAUCGAGAAAGUGGCCUCCGAGGGUACACCUUCGCUGUUGGAAAGAAGUUCUGCGAAGAGCGUAUAAUGUCCCAUCAUGACCCUCAUGACCAUCUGUUUGACGAGUCGGAAUGGACACAUUUAGGAGUUGUUAUGCCUAAGAACCCUCUUGCAGAUGGAACAUAUUACUUGACGAUCCGUGCAUUCAACAAGGCCGACUACGGUGGCCCCCUGGCGAUGACUGUCUGUCACUCUGUACCUUAUAUCAUUGAUAACACACCCCCAAUAUUCGGCAAACUCUUCAAGAUCGAAUAUAACGAAACGAGCCACUGGAUAAAAGCAAACCACACUGCACGCGACCCGGAGUCUGGAAUUCAGAAAAUGUAUGGCUGCCUUGGGCGAACGACCAAGGGGUGUGAGGUCUUGGACUGGCUACUGCUAAGUUCUAUGGAAUACGUGUCUUUCAUCCACAAGCUGCCCGAUGGUAUACCAGUGUGGGUUAGGGCAUCUGCUUACAAUAAUGUUGACAUGCACACUGUUGGGAGGGCGGACUACCCCAUAAUGGUUGACACUUCGCCACCAACUGCUGGCACUGUCUAUGAUGGGGAAACGAUUAAGGCGGACUGGGAGUUUACUAAGUAUGAUAAGAAGAUCUGUGCAAACUGGUUUGGCUUCAAAGACACAGAAUCGGGAAUUACUGCCAUCGAACUCUCAGUUGGGACAACACCUCUUGGAGUGGAUAUUGUCAACCGUAGCCUCAUCAGCUCUCACGAACACAGUGCCUGCAUUGACCUCGAACCAUUCAAAAAAGUUUUGGUCCACAAAGGGAAGUACUGUUUCACUGUCACUGCUUGGAAUGGUGGAGUAAACAGGCUGCAUGUGAACGGCAGUUCUGACUGUGUGUUGGUUGACCUGACCAAACCGGAAACUGGUGACAUCAUAGAUGGAAACCUGAAUGAAUUUCGGGACGUCAAGAUCAGUUCCUUAUCCACCAUAGUAUCUGGACAGUUCAGGAACUUCAAGGAUGCAGAGUCGGGGAUCAUAGAUGAAGAAAUACAAGUAGAAGUAGCACCAGCGGCGAUGAAAGACCAGUAUAAAGUAGCCCACAGCUACGAGUCCAUCUUCGACCCCGCGGGUGUGACUGGGUUUCAAUGGGGCCACUUCCACCUGAGGCAUAAAGACCAAGUCAGAAGCACAAUUCAGGUUACCAAUGGCGCACGUAACGCCGCUAAGCUCACAACUAAUGGAUAUCUUGUUGAUCUCACCCCUCCUGAACUUGAUUAUAUCUUUGAUGGGAAGUCACCCAGAAAGGACAUCAGCUUCCAGACCUCGGACACCGAGAUGGGCGUCAAUUAUCAGUUCCAUGAUGAUGAGUCGGGCAUUGACCAUUACAGAGUUUUACUAUUUCAAGUCUAUCAGAACACGAGGAAACUAAUAGGAGAAUCCCCACACCUUCCGAAUGACCAGAAUCUCUACAUUAAUAGCAGCCUCUCAAUAGAGAAUGGUGCCUCUGUCUAUGCCAUGGUAGAGAGUGAGAAUACAGCAGUCCCCGGUCUACUUGCAAUGUUCCUGACUUCUGGUGUCAAGGUAGACAAGUCACCACCAGUGGUGAUAGGCAUCUACACAGGUGUGAAUGCUGGCGAGGAUGAAGAGAUCUAUGACGAUUCUGUAGUCCAGUCUGACACCAAGGGUAUCUUGGGCAGCUGGAAAGCUAAGGAUACUGAAUCGGGUAUACAGGAAUAUAAAGUCUGUGUGGGGACUAAAGUUGAUAAGUGUGAUGAGCUGUACUGGAGGUCAAUGGGUACUGCUGAAGACGGUUACAUCGGCGGCCUUAACCUCAGCGUGACUGGCUCAACUGGCAAGCACUACUACUUGAGGGUGGUAGCAAUCAAUGGUGCUGGUUUAACGUCGCUACCAAUGACCGGCACUAAAAUGACCAUUCUUAAUGGCGACAUCACGGGUCACAAUAUCGAUGGAGCAGACGGUACAGAUUCUGAAAAACAAAAGACAAUUGGAGCAGACAUCGAUUACACACUUGACGACCACACCGUGACCAUGCAGUUUGAAGGAUUCAAGAGCCAUGAGUAUGGUAUUCAGCAUAUUGAGUGGGCGAUAGGGAUGACACCUUGUGGUGAAGAGGUUCAGCCGUUCAUGGCAGAGGGCAUUGUCUUGUCCGAUGGUGGUGACUCGUUAGUCGGUCAAGUUGGUUCCGGAAAAGCUUCUGCAGCAGUGGACCUCCAGCCUGGUAAGAAGUAUUACACCAGCGCUAGAGUCACCACUUAUGAAAGGAAGGUAUUGGAAGCUUGCUCUGAUGGCAUUAUAGUUGACCACACCGCUCCAAAGAUCACCAUCACACACUUGGGACUAACAGACAGUAAGAAGGAUGAUUUGUCAGAAGGGAACGUCAUAUACCAAUAUACGGAUGCACAGCUGUCUGCCGCGUGGCAAUACACAGAAGACACCAGUGGCAUCGCCUUUGCUGAGGUGGCUGUCUCGUCCAUCCCAGGUGAAUGGGAUAUCCAUCCUCUCACCAACAUCGGCAAGAUCCGUGCAGAUAUGAUCACCUCUAUCCCAGACGAGAAGUUCAACUCCACAGUGAAACCAAGGAAAGGUGGUGUGGCAAACAUGCUAGAAGUCUACGCUGGAAAUGACGUGGGUUUGAUAUCGUCUCUGACUUCAGCUAUCAUCGUUAUUGACGAUACUCCUCCAACAUGCGGAACAGUAACAUGUCCAAAAUACACAAAGGCUGGGACCACCGGAUUGACAUGCUCCAUGUCAGGGUUUGUUGACACUGACAGUGAAAUUAAGACAAUGGAAUUUGGUAUUGGCAGUGCAGCGGGGAAAGAUGAUGUCUACUCAUUCAAAUCGAUCGCCCACACGAACAGUUUCACGGCUACAAAUUUCAACUCACCACUGAAGGCAAAACGCAAAUACUAUGCCACAGUAAAAGCCACAAAUAUGCUUGGCCUCAAGUGUGAAGAGAGCUCUGAUGCCAUAAGUAUAGACAACACAGCCCCUGUUGCUGGGGUCAUUGUGGAAACGACAGAUCUCUUCCAUGUAGACUUCGAAGAUUCUAAUAAUGCAGGAAAUGACCUAAGGAACAAACGGACAUGUAAGACUGCUGAUGAAUGCAAAGAUAUAGACGCCACAUGUCAGUAUUCCAUGGACAGUAUUGGUGUCGCCUGGACACAUUUCAUUGACGAUGAGACGGGUAUAGCAACUUAUCACAUUGGCGUGGGCACAAGUCCAGGAGGAGGCCAGAUCAAACCGUUUUUCGCAGUACCUGUUACAGAGAACAGUUACCUGAUCACUGGGCUUUCUUUGAAAGGAAAAGCCAAGCUUUACGUCACCAUUGUAGCCUAUAAUGGAGCAGGUUUGUCAACCUCUGUCACCAGUGACGGUAUCUACUUGAAUUAUGUAACACAAGGCAUGAAACCUCCGAAGGAUAUCUAUGUUUGGGAUGUGGAAAGUGGUGUGGAAGACAUGGAUUACCAAACAGGUACAGAAAAGCUUAGAGCCAAGUGGGAUUUCAGAGGGGAUCCUUGCCCUUCUUCGAAAUAUGAAUGGCGAAUUGAACGCAUGGACGGGGAAGUGGUCCAGGAUUUCGUCACAACCUUUGGACAAGAAACAGCAAGCUAUGAUGGCCUGAAGAUGAAAGACGGUGAAGCCUAUUUCGUGAAGGUGAAAAACACCAACUCUCUUAACGACUCCUACAUCAUAAGAUCUGACAGCAUAACCAUCCGCAGGGAUAAGCUGGUGCCUGGAAGGGUUAACGAUGGGCCAUUUGAGGGAUUAGAUCUCAUGUAUUCGGCAUCUCAGAUUAAGGUUGACACUAAUUGGCAAGACUUUGGGAUGAGGAAGAAAAAAGUUUUCACUGUUGUAUCAGGUAAUGCUGGCGUGAAUGAAGAAAAUAACGCAGCUGAGAAGAAUCAGUUGGUGAGAUAUUACGAAGCCUCCUUAGGCACGGACAGACGAUUUCCACACACCAAGAACAACAUUGUGCCUUACACCAAACUGAACGGAUCCAGCCUGUACACCAUUUUCAAAUAUCUCAAACUCCAACUUCACGGCCUUUAUUACGUCACUAUCCGAGCGCACAGUGCAUCCUCUGCCAUGGCUGAAGUCACUUCAAAUGGGUUCAAGGCGGGCUAUGAUGAUGGAGUCACAGCUGGCGUGAUUGAGAUGCCUGAUUUCUGGGGCAGUACUAGCCGCCUCCUCACCAAAUGGAAGGACUUCAAGUCAGAAGUGGGAAUGUUUUUUUACCACGUCGGUGUGGCCGAAACACCCCUACCGAAUGAUCUACCUUGUAGAAAACUGAUUUUAAGCAAGGAAUCCGAGGACAACCUGAUGGCGAAACACUUCCCAGUGGUUCAUAUGAGGAAUGUGGGUGACAGUACCAUGAUAGAGCCUGUCAACCUCAAUCUCGCUCAUAACACCAACUACUGGGUAUAUGUGGUGGGAACAGAUAACGCUGGACUCUGCAACAUAACAUCAGAAAAGUUCUUGGUCGAUGCCACUCAGCCAGUGAAGGGUGACAUUAAGAUUGGACCUUAUUGGAAGUCGCGGGGUGCUUCGUACACCUACUCCCGUGACACGAUUGACGUUGAGUGGAGAGGCUACUCAGACCCAGAGUCUGGGCUGGAUAGGUAUGAGAUCUCGCUUUGGAAUGAGGCCAGCUGUAACUCCGGUGGCAGCGCACAUCUUUCCGUUGACUGGAUUAAACUGACAGCUAAUUACUCAAGCUACAGCCUAAUUGAUCUAAAACUUGUGGAAUCUAUCCCAUUCUUUGUCAAACUACGGGCAUACAACAAAGCGGGUCUAUUUGUUGAGACUGUCUCCGAGCCCAUCCUGUUGGACAAUACCAAGCCUACCCCAGGAGAUGUAAUCAAUGGAAACGACUUCGUCAACGACGUCGUUUGGCAGAAUAGCGCAAGAGAAAUUCAUGGAAACUUCCUUCAUUAUCCCACAACGAGUGGAACACCGUGUCCUGACAGGCUGAUUAACAUUGCUGCUGGCGGGAAAUCGUACGACGGCGUAGGACUUGGAGUCAAGCAAGGUGUUUACUGGGGGAUCCAGUAUGCCAACAGCGCCGUCACUAAGAAAGGGACCGACACCAUUGCUAUUCAGAUGGUGAAGGUGGAGGCUGGGUACUCCUACCUCAAGUCUGGAGCAAUAUGGGUUGAUGCUGACAAUGAAGGAGACUUCGGGGCCACUAUCCAGGCUGCUGAUGGCGACGGUCUUGCCACCACAAGUGUCCUGUUUUGGGAUGGCCCGGAGAAUGAGCUGCAGGCUUUUAACUGGGAAGAUGAACCAAGCUGGACAGGCAAGAACAGUAUCUGCCAGUGCUGUUUCAAGACCCCAUUACCGACUAAUUGUCCAUGCGACUGUGCCGCAUACAAACAAGCGAAAAACACCAAUAACGUCACCACCAAACCCCAGCCCACAAAAGGAUCUACUCUCCCAAAAUCUGGAAUAGUUGCCUUGAAAACUGCUCCAAUCAAAUUCACCAGGCAGAGAGCAUGCGGAUUCCAGCUGAUAGCAGGCAAAACUCCAUGUGCAGUAUUAUGGUGUAGCUCCUUCAACAACACUUUAGAGAAACUGAAAGAGAAACGCCUCCUCGAUUUCAAUCCGUCUUCCGCUGCCUACACAUACAAGUUUAGCAUAUACUCCAACAACGAUGACCCACAAAAGAAACAAUGGUGCUUUGCUGCAUAUGAGGUCUCGAGAAACAUCCUUCUCGGAGAGUUGUGUGGUAUAGAAGAGUUUUCGUUAAAGACCAAGCUGGUCGUUCACCUCUGGAACAAAGAUAACUUCAUUCCCAAGUCAAGGGACUGGAAAGCAACCGCUUUCGUCAGUUGGUUCCGCCUUCCACCAGCGAAGAGUCUCCUCUGUCGUUAUGGGAAGGUGUUCCGUGGCGGGACCUCUGCCGUUAUUAGCUACGAGGCUGGUAUUGGGACCAGUCCCCUAAAGACGGAUGUAGCAGCUUACAAAGUGAUUUCCCAACCUUGCGUUCCUUGCAUCAAAGCCUGUGAUGUCUACACCUGUGACAAAUCAUGCCCAAGCAACAAAGUCACCAACAUCAAGUUCUUGCUGAGCGGUCUAUCCUUGCCUAUAACAGCAAACGUAAAUGGAACCAAUGAGACAGCUAUAGUCGUCUACUAUUUGACUGUGAAAGCUAUUCUGGGAUCUGGAAUGAGCGCGGCUGGUUCAUCUCGUGGGAUCCAAAUAGAUGCGACACCACCAAUUAUUGAUACCGACCUGAAUGUCACUUACAUCGAUACGGACCAAGGACAGUAUAAACCAGUCAACUAUCAGUCUUCUAAUUCAACAAUUAGGGCUGCUUUUAGAUGUGUGGAUGAAGAAAGCAUGGUUGUGGAAUACAAAUGGCAAAUCGGAAGGAAGCCUGGACUCGACGAUGUACAAGCUCUGACUUCGGUGGGCAAGAAUCCAGGUGGCGCUAAUACACGACUUCUUGGCAUUCUACACCACAAUCAUACGUAUUAUGCCACAGUUGUGUGUAUCAAUGCUGCUGGGUCGGAGUUGAGAUAUGAAGACACGAAAGGUUUGACAAUGUUAUUUGAGAAACCCAUUCCCAAAGACAUAAAGAACACGCUACCUGGGACGAAAUCGUUUGCGAAACCUGUCACUCCUAAAAAUGCUAAGACGGCUACUGAUGGAACGUAUGUUGCUGUCACUUGGACCGAGCCCCGAGACAAGAACAUUAAGAGAAUCGACGUUGGCUUUGGUACUAGUGUCUGCACUGACGGAAAGGCCUGGGAUGAUGAUGUCUUCCCAUUGACCUGGGUCGCCGAAUCUGAGGCUGGGAAGUUUGAGAUCAAGUCAGGAGCUGUGUAUAUCAACGGGAAGAAAUUAAACGAUCUCUGCAAGUACAUAAAACCAAGUAGAAAGAGCAACUACGAGCAAAAGGCAAACAAAGGGAGUUGUGUAUUCAGAAUGGAGACUGGACGAACGGUAUUCAUCUGCAUGAGGUUCUGCGACAAAGCUGACCAGUGCACAUUGAAGGAGGGUGGCUCUGUGUCGUUUCUAGAAGAUGGGAAGAGCACUGUUGCUAGCUCCCAGAAUGGCAAGGCGAUCUCAGUGACUGUCACCAAGAGCUCGAGAAAGAGGGCUGUUAACAGCGUGGCUGUGAUCAAAACUCCUGACGGUCUGUUACCGGGUCAGACGCUGAUAGUGGGACUUCUUGACAGCAGUCAGUUUUCAGCAAACUACGGGUCAGACGCUUCCUUGGGGUUCAAGCAGUACAUCCAGGAUCCGAAUGCAACAAAGGUGAUGACUGAGAGGGUUCUGAAAGGAAGGAUUGGUACACUGUUGGGUAGCAGCUUUUUCGUCAAUUCUGUUGGCCAUGUUACAAUGCCUGGCCCAAUGGUCGUAUCGGUUGCUUAUGCUGCACAAGACAAGAACAGUACAGCCAGACCGAUGUUACUCCACUGGGACAUAGGUACACUCUCUUGGAAGAUAACCUCCAAGACCUGCACAUCCCACAAUGGACCGACAGAAUCCUUCGAUACAGCCAAACUCAUCUUGAACACCUUAGUCUGCCAAACCCAUUCUGACACCCCAAAAUCUGUCAAACGCAGGAAGAGAGCAACAAGUGGUAGUUUCUUCAACAAGGAGACGCAGUUUAUCCUGGCAAAGGUUAAUGCCAAGACAAUCAAUGACCCACCCGUCAUCACAAAGGAACCGAUGAUAACAGUGGCCGAGGAUUCGCGUAUCAUUUACCACACCCUGACGGCUUCAGACCCAGAUGGGGACAAAUUUGUGUUUGCCAUGGAUGGCAGCAAACCCAAGCCCACGGGGACUGUGACCAUUGCAACUGAUGGUAAACUGACAUAUGCCGCCUGCAUGGACUGUGUCGGCUUGGAUACUGUGUACUACAAAGUGACUGAGAUCAAUAUGGGCGAAAUAACACCAUUGACGACUGCAGCAUCUAUUGUGUUCAGAACCACUGAUAUUCCUGACCAGCCAGAACUCUUCCUGUCCAAGAAUGGCACGGCCAUUUUCUCCUUGGCGAAAACCCUCAACAAUGUUCAUGAGGUCAAUGUUACCGUCGAGCAGUUUACAGGAUACAAUGCUGCCUACCGAGAUCUCGUCCUCCUCGUUGGUGCAUACGACAGAGACAUUUCAAAUGUUUUGACCAUAGUCCCAGCACGAUCUCCACUCAAGGGAAAGCUGAGUCUUGGAGCACCUGCCCGAACUGAACCAACGCUACCAAGGACGUGUGACGAUCGAAAUGCUGUCGCUCUGCCAUGUACAGGCAUUACCUUCCCACAUGAAGAGUUCAAGCUUUCUUGGGUCACGCUGCCAUUGAGGUACAAGCCGAACACCGGGUUCUCUGGGCACGAUCGCUUCGAACUGCAGGCCACUGAUAACACCGGGUAUGUGUCGAACAAGGUGACAGUCAAUGUGUAUGUGCUAAAGAACCCCUGCAAGAAUUCUGCCACAUGUCGAGGUUUACAAGAAGAUUUCAAUUGUACUGCCCUCCGUCGUGCCUUUGUAGAGUACAAUGACUUCUACAGCUGUUCCUGUAGUAAAGGCUGGGCUGGAGCUGUGUGCGAUGUCAAUCCGGAUGACUGUUUAAGCACAUCGUGCGCCUUCCCACUCGAAUGCUACGAUAAGCUAGGUGGCUACGAGUGUAGGUGUCCAUCUGACUGGCCAGACUGCGACAAAGUAGACCACCUCAUGCCAGCAAUUGUCGCCAUCGUCUUCAUCCUUGUGAUCUCUGCUGCGCUCAUUGGUGUUGCGGUGUGGCUGCAUAAGAAACGGAAAGAGCGAUACAACAAAUAUAAGAAGCAUAUGGAUGGUUCAGAGAAAUCAGAUACAGGAGAACCUAAUCCAGUUCCUUUCCUCAGUGGCUUGGCGAGUAUCCCUGGUGCCCUGAAGCAUGUCGGACGCAUCAGGCGGAAAACAAUCACAGGAAAAGUGGACUCAACCACCAAGGGCGACGAGAUCGAGCUGACGAAAAAUUCCUUAAGUAUUUUGCCCCCUCUCGCUGGGCAUGGAGCAAACAGCCAUGGGUGGUUAUCGUAUCUCGACGAGAUCCCUGCUGUCGGCAAACCAAAUGCACUGACAAGCGGAAGCGGUGCCAAUGAAGUGGAAGAAAGCAUCCUUAUGAACGAGGAUGCUGGAUCGGGAUCGAAGCGCAGCUCAGGGGCCAAGGUCGCCUGGCAGAAGACGAGAAAAGGUCGGGCAUCAAGUGUUGCGUUCAAGAACCCAGCGUUUGUUCCCGAGGCGUCGCCAGAGGCACAGGCAGCGGAUGUCCAUGGUGGUUCGCCUGGAGUAGCGCCAGCAAAUGCCCCUCCAACAGAAAAACCAGAAAGCGCACCUCCCGCGAAACAGUCGGCUCCUGGGGAUCUGCCAGAAGAUGAUCCGCCACCGUAUGAAUCUCCUUUGCCGCACCAGGUUCCAUCCGAUGCCUCCGAAUGUUGAUCAAUGCGUGAUUGUUCGAUGGUGUAACAUUGAGUUACUACAUGUACAUAAACUUGACAACACUCUCUUUGUAAAUACAAAUACUCGUACACCAAAUCGUUGUAGCUUGGAGUAUUACCUAAUAAGCGAUGUAAUCAUACUUGAUGAGUUGAUUAAUAUAUUCUAGAUUAUUCUGAGAUCUAAUGCUUGCUUUCAACGAGUGGAAUGAAUUUUGCCUUUUCAAAAGCGAUUUGAAUUAAAAAGAAAACGUACACGUAUAUUACAAGUGCAUAUUCUGGAAAAAACUUGACCAAAUAAAUAUUGUAUCCUAAAAUAUACUUGCAUCAAGGCAAAGCCACGCAUUUCUCGAAACUUUUAUACUACUGUAUAACGCUUCAAAUUGUCAUUACAAACAUCCUCUUCGAAAGGAAACGCUUGGCCAAAAUAUUAUCCAGCUUAAGGCCAUCAUUACUACAUUUAUGCGUAUAUUUCCUCCUGUAUAACGUGAAAGGCUGGCCACGUUUACAAUGCUUAAACUAUAACCUGUAAACUGUCCCUUAAAAGAACGACCUGGUCAUUUCAAAAUACGUAGUUCUGCGCGCGAUAUAAUAUUCAGGAUGUCAUUCGUCGCCCUUACGUUAUUUCAUGCCAAGUUUUCAAGCCUUGGUCCCGUGACAAGUGACAUGUGACUCGUGUACCGUGUCAAGUGACAACGUGAAUCGACAGUAAACUCAGUCUUAGGCUGCGAUUAUAUAGAGUUUAUGUACAUUUAUAUAACGUGUCACUGUUCACUUUUCAUGCGAGACAUGAAAAACAAGUCACUCCUAAAGAGGGCGUUACAUACGAUUCACGAGGUCACUUAUCACCCUCGCGUCGUGUUUUCAAGCAUAAUUCAGUUAAAUCGUGACCAGUGUCAACGUGAACCCUAUAUAACUCCGGCCUUAGAUGAUUCCGCCUCCCAACACUAGAUAAUCCAAAAAGGUAUGCCGAUGUACGUCGUGUUUCAUAAACUUCAGGACCAAAACCGUAAUGUUUGGUGUGAUAAUGCAAGAAUGAAGAAUGGGCUAUAGUUCCAACAUAGCAAUUAUUUAUUGAAGACUAAAGAAGCAACAUAAUAAUGACUAGCUGUGUACGACAUGUGAGAAUAAAUAUUAUUGUAGAUGAA